AAAUGUCAAAAAUUCAAAAAUCUUCAUUUGACGUUUAAAACACGCGCUUCUUGGAAGUCCGGUAAUUAAAGCAAUAAUUAAUAAUCAGAAUGGAAUCGGCGUUCGAGGUUUACAAAAAAAGAUUUAAACAAAAUGGCUCUGACAAGACUACCAUGAAGAAGGCAUCUUCCAUAAAAAAGAAGAAAGAUGUAAUACAAAAACUGAAAGUUAACCCAAAAACCAAGGAAUUCCUGAUGGAUUACGUUCAAUCUUCCUCGCGGGUACUCGAAUUGCAAGGUAGUAAUGAAAAACCGGAGGCCGAGUCAACACCACUACCUCAACAGCCAACCGUCUCCGCAAACAAAGUCCGUAAAAUAAAAUCGAAAAAGAAGAAAGCCAAACUCGACGACUUCUCCUCGCAAAACAUCGAACACCUAAUAAACUCGUCUGCCGAAUCCAACUCACCAAAUCCCAGUGAGUCGCCCGAUAAGGUCUUCGAGUGGCUAAUUUCGCCGAUACUUCCCCGAGAGUUUUUCACAACGAAAUGGGAAAAAGUUCCCGUUCAUAUUAAGCGUAAUCACGAAAACGUCUAUGCCGAAUUACUAUCGACUAAAAAACUUCAAAGCAUCUUUCUCGAUAACGUACUUUUUUACACCCGGAACGUAGAUGUCGUCUCGUACACCAAUCACCAGCGGGAAACUCACAAUGUGGAAGGCAGAGCCGUACCCGCAGCUUUAUGGGAUUAUUAUAAAAAUGGGUGCAGCAUACGAAUCUUAAACCCGCAUACGUAUUGCAGCCAGUUGCAUUCACUGUUGGCGACGCUGCAGGAGUUUUUCGGUUGUAUGGUCGGCGUUAACGCGUAUCUAACUCCACCUGGAAGUCAAGGUUUCGCCCCACAUUAUGACGAUAUUGAGGCCUUUGUGUUGCAGCUUGAAGGACGCAAGCACUGGAAGCUAUAUGCGCCAUUAACACCUUCAAAAGUUUUGCCGAGGUAUUCAAGUCAAAACUUCAACAGAGACGAGCUCAGCAACAAACCUGUAAGGGAAUUGACGUUGGAAGCGGGCGAUUUACUAUAUUUCCCUCGAGGUACGAUUCACGAGGGUUUCACCGAUCCAGAAACGCAUUCUCUACACGUCACAGUUUCUGUAUACCAGAAGACAUCGUAUGUCGAUUUAAUGGAGCACGUCUUGAAGUACACAUUGAGCACAGCAGCAUCUGAUGAUGUCGAGUUCAGAGAAGGCCUGCCCCUCCAAUUCCUACAACAUUCCGGGUUUGCGAACGACGACCGCGAUAGCGAAGUACGGACGACGAUGAAGAAGAAGGUGAAGAACUUGUUAAUGAAAAUGAUCGAUCAUCUUGACAUUGAUUCCGCCGCGGACGAGCUGGGCAAGCAGUUUAUGUGGGAUUCCAUGCCGCCGAUUCCUACCAAAAGUGAGAAGGAGCGCAUGAUGAUUUUAAAUAGCGAAAAAAUGGAUAACGGGAAAAUUUACGAUAAAGUCGACAUUAAUUUAAAUGUGGAGGUCCGGUUGUUACGCUAUCAUUGUAUGCGGUUGGUUAAAGAGGCGGGUGAGGAGAAUUUGCGAAUUUAUUACAACACUGACAAUGCAAAGUAUUAUCACGGCGAGGAGAUGCAAUUUUUAGUUAUUGAUUAUAUGUAUGAAGAUGCGGUUAAAUGUCUCAUUCAGACGUAUCCUAACUAUGUCCAAAUUGGCAAGUUGCCAUUGGCUAAUGAUAAUGAUAAAAUACAGAUUGUGUCAGAUUUAUGGGAAAAAGGACUUAUAGUUACAAAGACUCCCUUAAGUUAUAAUGGCGAAGAACCGUAGAAUAAAAAUUUGUUAUGUUGAUAUAGUCACAUUGUGUGAUAUUUGUUUAAAUAUUAUUAUUAAUAAAUCUUUGAAAUUUUUA